AUAAAUCGAUCCCAAAAACCUGACAGGCGUUCAGAGAUGCAAAGUUCGGAACUGAACGAAAACACGCAACAUCAUUGGUUGCCUAUAGGUAGACCUCGAGACCGUGUUAUUUUCCAAAAUAAUGUCGCGGGUAAAAGAGUUCACAACCCAAAACAAAACAAACAACUAAACGUAAGGUAGAUACAUAAAAAAGGUGCUACUCCAUAAACUGGUGAUUGGGGC